AUGUCGACGCCGACGCCAACUUCGAGCUCUGGAAGCCCCUUUGGGGCCCUAUCCACCAGCGUAGCGGCUUCCAUCGCUGGCGCCAGCCUGCCCGAUGGUGCAACGCCAGACGGCGACUUCUCCACCGGCAGUUUCAGCGAUUUGACACCAGUCGGCAGUGUGCAGUUCGUCACAGAAGUCGCUGCCAUUUCUUACGCUCAAUACAACAUCAGCGCCAUCCAGGGAGUCGGGAUCAGCAAGGCAAUCGACAGUCCUUCUCCACGUCGGCAUCAAGCGCCGGACCCUUCCAUGACGCAAGCGACGACAGCCACGUACCAGUACCAGGUCCAGUCUUUUUCCAUCGAAUCUGGCACACGCGGGAAGACAUGCUACAUCGGCUGGCAGCUCGACGACAACCUCAGUGGCAACGUGCCCAUCACCGCCGUCGAUAGUCUCUGCCAUCAUCAACAUCGCCAAGGUCGGGCCAGCGCAGGCCACCCGGGCGACCCUGACCCCGCCUUCGCUCGGGGUGGAGGAGAUCCGGGCUUUGAAACGGGCUCGCUGACCAAUUGGGGCGUCACGGGCGCAAGGAACGUGCACAGCAGCACGCACGCCGCCAAGAUGACCGUCAACGCGGGAUACGCCAACGCUGCGAUCCUCGGCCAGUCCUUCAAUGCAGCUGGCGCGGCGACGCGAUCUGCAGACCAUUCAGCCACGCCAAGCAUCGACACUGAGCAGGGACAUAUCUCUCUAGUGGAAGAUUAA